AAAAAUGUCACUCUUCAUUAAAAUUAAUAGAAGUACUUUUGGCCAAUCGCUGCGUUUCUUACAUCUGGAGUAACAUCUUGUUACGGGGUAGCCAGCUGUCACACCGGGUUUAUCGUAACGCAACAUUGCCCCCAGCACCGGUUGUUGCAUAACAACAACAUGGCCCCAGAUGUCGGUUGCUGCGUAACGCAGCAUAGUUGAUUUGUCAUUGUUGGGGAUGUAUGUUAUUCGUCGGUCUCUGCAUUACGGCAGGGAUCAUACAACUUCCGUGUUGCGGUAGUUUUAUGAUCCCAAACGUAAUGCAAAGACCGACGAACGAUUUCAUCUCCUGUUAUGAAAAGGGGCUCCAUUUAAAAUCGGAAGGUGUGUGGCUGCGCGUCUGAUCCGCAUAUACAGUUGUCUCUGUCACCAUGUCCAAACGUUUCUUAGUGAAAAUAUUUUGAUCAUUGGGAGAUUUGGUUUAUUCAUUUUCUGAAGUAGUGCUCUGCAAUUGCUGUGUGAGAGAAUGAAUGAGGACAUCUGUGUAUUAAAUUGCCUUCUCUUAAUCAUAAUUUGUACAUGCCUCCUUUUCAUUGCCCAACCUUUACAUUCUGCUCCCAUUACUUAUUUGUAUGCUAGCUGCACAUAACUAUUGCCUGUGUGUGUGAUUUUGUUGUUUAAAUAUAUGCUAAUUUAAUUGACUGGUUGAUUUGUUUCCUUCCCUUAGGAAUGUGCGGGCCACCUGGACCUCAGCAAGCUGAUUUCGAUCUCAAUGGAUGGUCCAAAUGUAAAUUUUAAGUUCUUUGAGCUGUUCCAGGCGGAAUAUGCUGACCUGUACGCUGGUUCUCAGCUCAUAUCUGUUGGUAGCUGCGGGUUACACACCGUACACAAUGCCUUUAAAACAGGCUUCUCAUCGUGGCAGGUGGACAAGAUCCUCAGGGCCUUGCACACAUUGUUGCAUAAUGUUCCUGCAAGACGAGAGGACUACGAGAAGACCACCAGGUCUACCCGCUUCCCGUUGGCAUGGUGUGGGCACCGAUGGCUGGAAAACCUGCCUGUCGUGAUACGAGCGUUGGAUAUCUGGUCAUCUAUGCUGGUGUACACCAAUGCUGUGAGGAGAAAGGAGCUUCCAAAUCCUGGCACUUGAAGCUUUGCUGUAAUCGAAGAAGCCCAGAAAGAUCCCCUGACUCUACCUAAGCUGCAGUUUUUCAGGAGCAUCGCCCAGCUAUUUGAUCCGUUUUUAAGGAAGUACCAGACUGAGGAGCCGGUGAUGCCUUACCUAGGCAAAGAUCUGGCAGAGUUGAUCAAGAGUCUGAUGCGUCGUUUCGUGAAACGAGAGGUUCUGCAGGACAUCACCACAGCCCAGCUUACCAAACUGGACAUAGGUGACAAGAAUAUCUUGAUGCCGGUGCACUGUGUUGAUAUUGGCUUGGGUGCUGAGGAGGCCCUCAAGAACAGCAAAAGUUCAGACCUCAGGAUUCUUGAAUUUAAAAGGGACUGCAUGCAAGGACUCUCAAGCAUGGUGAAGAAAGUACAGGAGAAGAGUCCUCUUAAGUACAGUACCGUUAGGCAGAUGGAUUGUCUAGACCCCACAGUGAUGAGCAGUGAUCCAGACGGCUGCAAGGCAAAGAUGAAGGGACUUGUGCAGACAUUUCUGCUCAACAGGCAGCUGGCAGGAGGAGUUUGUGCUGGGGACACCAUUCUCCAACAGUUCGAUGCUGCGUUGUCUGUGGAGUGCAGGCAUGAAGAUUUCAUCUCCUUCAAGCCAAUGCAAAAGAGGCUAGAUGUCUUCCUUCAUGGCUUCAUCGGCAAGGCAUACCCAGAUCUUUGGGCGUUUUGCAAGACCCUUCUGCUUUCUCAUAGUCAGGCGUCUGUAGAGAGAGGCUUCUCAGUGAACAAAGAGAUCGAGACGGAGAAUAUGCAAGAAGAAACAUUGGUCGCACACAGGCUUGUUUACGACUACGUUGCAAUACAUGGGGGCGUUACCAAGGUUCCACUUACACCUGACCUAAUGAAAUCUGUCAUGGCUGCCAGGUCACGGUACCGUGUGCAUUUGGACGAACAGAGGAAGAAGAAGGAGACAGAGACACAAGGGAAGAAAAGGGCACACGCGGAGGAGCAGUUACAAGACCUGAAAGUCAAGAGGGACAGUCUACAUAAAGUUACUGAGAGCCUGGGCAAAGAGGCAGAUGAGUUGGCAGAGCAAGCAGAGGGCAAGGCUGGGAGCAAAAUGGCACAUCUGAUUUCAAAAUCAAAUGCUCUGAGGAGGGCUGCCAAAGACAAGCUCUCCCAGCUUAAGGUUCUGGGGGAUGAAAUUGCCACCAAAAGUGCAGAGCUUAAAAGCAUGUAA